UGCCAUGGCGACAGCUGAACAGUGGCCGGUGAAAAACAUUGGGGCGAAGUCGUUGCUUCAGCUCGUACUGGACCCCGAUCUCAGCGGCUGCAGAUUAAUCUAUCGUCAACUGAAGGAGUAUAAUGAAUGACUGUAAAAUCAUUGACCAAUCUGAACAAUUGAAACCAAUAUCGAACAUGAAAGAAGAAAAUUCUAAUAAUAAACAACGGGAAACUUCACUGAUGCCUGGUCUUGGCUACAUGACAACUGGCGAGGAAAGAUUCCGAGGACGCCGUAAUGUCAUUUUUGAUUCUGAUUCUGACUACGUGAAGUUGGCAAAGAGAGGUGGUCUGCGAGAUUUAUUGACUUUUAGUGACUUCCCCACAAAACCUGCAUGUGCUUCCUUCAAGAAACCUGAGUGGCUGACUUCUGAGUCUACAUUCCAAGGAAAUAAUCAGAUAAUCCAGAAGAAAUUUUCAGAUUCUAUGUCUCAAGACACAUUCCUAGAUGAAUCAGAGGGCAGAAACUGCAACCUUUCACCAAUUGAGGCAGCUGAACGACAGUUACAUGAGAAGGAAGAAAAUCAGGAAGAGUCAAGAAGCAUUUGGCACUCAGGGUCUCCGGAAGUUGACAUCAGAAGGCAGCAGGAUAUAAAUACACCAACCCAGCUUCAGAUGGAGGCCAUGACAUUAGAUACUGAAACAAAUCAGCAAAUGUUGCAUCUUGCUAUGCCGGUCAACCGAACAAGAUUUACACGUAGAAAGGAACCUCCAGUUAGCAUGCAGAAGCUGCUUAGUUUUGGCUAUGCUGAUGAUUGGUUUUCAGAACACAAGGAUGCAAAAACCACCAAAGAGCAAAAUAUGGGUUCUACAAGAGAGGAUUCAGACCAGAUAUCAAAUAUAGAGCAUUCAGUUGCUGUGAAAGAUGACAUUUUGCUUGAGGGAUAUCAGCCCAUAUAUCGAGGAAAAAGGAUGACUGGCAUCAGAGGAUGUGGGAAGAACAAAGGUACUCCUGAAAAUGAUUCCUUCUUCAAAAUCUUUGGCGAGCACAGUUAGUCCUGACGAAGGGUCUCAGCCCGAAACGUCGACAGUGCUUCUCCCUAUAGAUGCUGCCUGGCCUGCUGUGUUCCACCAGCAUUUUGUGUGUGUUGCUUGAAUUUCCAGCAUCUGCAGAUUUCCUCGUGUUUACUCAAUAACAUCAUUGUUUAUCUUUCAUGAUCUGUUUCAUUGCACCUAUGCAAAUAUGUACUUAUGCAUAUGACAAUAAGCUCAGUAUUGACUUUGACACUUUCAUUUCCCUUAAUUUCUUAAGUAUAACAAAUUUUAAUCAUUGAAGUACUCAUUGGCUGAGAUGUAUACCCCUUUGCUGUAGAGUUUCAAAAUAUACAACCCUUUGAAUAAAGACAUCUGUUUGCAUUUCAGUCCCUAAUACAUAUAUGAUUGUUACCCCAACUCUAGAUUCUCAGGCUACAAGAGAGAGUAGGCUAUCUCUAUAUUAGUGUGAAAAUCAGUGAAAGCAGAAAAACUAAGAACUUGGUGAACAUGACUUGUAAUGGAAGUGCCAAUCUGAUGUUGCAGUUUUGUUGUUGCCAUCAUAGAAAAUGGGAUUAUUGAUAUGUGACCUGGAAUUCUCAAAGUGGAGGCAUCGCGUCUUGUAGCACAGAAAGAGAUCCUUUGGCUCAUUGAGGCCAUGCUAACCAUCACAAAUCUGAAUUAAUUCUCACCACAUCCCAUAAACUUCCUUCAGCGCCCGUCACACUCUCACUAAUGGCAAUGCACAAGUAACAAUUAACUUGCCAAAUCACGUGUCUUCAGGAUAUGGGAAGAAACCAGAGCACUUGGAGGGAACACACACAGUCACAGGGAUAUACCACACUGGUUUAAAGGUUAGAAAUCAAUCUGAGUUAUUAGAGCUGUUAGGCAAUAGUUCUACUAAUUGCACCACUAUGCCUCCAAGACCCAAAUAUUAUAUGGCCGUCCUGUCUCUAGUGAGUAGUUUCCGUAUUUAUUACUGCAUGUUUCCACCCUUCUGGAUAUACAUGAAAAAUGUGAUUAUUGUAGUUUAAUAGUGCUCUGCAGCAGGAAAAUAAUAGUGAUUUGUCAAAGUGCUGUCACGAAACUUAUGAUCACAUAAAUUUUGGUGGCAUUUGAAGAUGCUCUUACACUGACAAGUUUCUGAGCUCAUUAUCUGAAAGUUUAGUUUCUCUCUCAUUAGGCAAAUGUUCCCACCAGAAUCAGACCAACAACUUUUAGAAGGUACUCAAAGAAUAGUGCUUGCUGAGAAGAAAGGCAUCUAAUUAAAAACAAAUUAUAUUUUGUAAAUUUAAAAAAGAUAUCAACAGUUAAGUUAUUAAUGCACUAAUAUGCAAAAUUAAGACAAUUACUAAUAUUAUAUAAGAUACUUUCCUUUAAGAUUUAAAAUAUGCUCUUUAACCACAUUUUCUUAACAUCAUGUUAUAGGAUGGAGAAAAAAAACACUCUUUAGCAUGCUGAUUGUACGAUGAAUUCAAACUCAAAAUGAGUAGAAAUAAAUUAUCUAUGGACUGAACACAAAUCAUAAAGUUACAGUUCUAUCAGCUGGAUUCACCACUAUUUUUUCCUAAUGUCCCACACCUUGCUGAAAAUUGAAGCAUUUUGACUUGCUGAAAAUACUUAUUAAGUUCCUAGGUAGUAGAAGGCCCAGUUAUGAAUGUGAGGGUUCCUGUGGAGUGUAAAGGAACUGCAAUAAUUGGCAGGUGGUCAGGUCACUCCCAAAAGCCAUUCUGAAAUGCUAUAGUUAAAAAGCUUGCUGACAUGUUUAUGAAUAUAUUUAAAUACUUUCAAAUACUUACACACUUCAAUGUACAUGCAAAUUUUUCAUAACUGUUUAGAAUUUUUAAUAAUCAGUUUAUCAUUACAGUGAAGGUAGUGGAAAGUUAUCAAUUCUUGCAGUGUCUGACUCCCCAAACUGAGCUGAAGUAUACCUGACUAUAUGUAUUGGGUUUGGAUGCAGUUGUACCAUUCAGGCACAAAGAGAACGUAAGAGAUGGCAGGCAGUGUAGGCUUGCGAGAGAGUAGGGGUCACAGAGAGAAUCAAUGCUUGCAUCAAGUCCAGAAAAUAAAAUAUAGGUUCUUGGGCAUGUGUUGUGCCUGGACUGGCUGCUCUUAGAUUUGAACCCAGGCCGAACCCCAGUUUUAUACCCAACCAGUCCUCUAAGUACUUGAAAAAAGUUAGCAGUUGUUGGUUUAAAUGCUAAUUUCAAAACUUCUGUAUUAGUCUCCUUUUUUCAAGUUUUCAAGUUAUUUUUCUUUGUCUCCUUCUUUCUGUGCUAAGUUUGUCUUAUUAAUUUGCUCAUUGCUACUGUCCAGGUCACAUCAUAAUCAUACCUCAUUAAGAUCAGUGGGGUUGCUGAUCCUGCACUAAGACUAUCCUGGAAAAGGAUCUGUAAAGGUUUUCCACAGCAUAACUGCUGGAAGUUCUCAGCAAGUCUAUGCCCCUCCUAGGGAGCCCUCAUGGUGUCCAGCAGAAGGAAAAGUUGAUAGAUUUGGGGCCAAAUCCUUUGGUAAAUUCAAGAUUUCUGCAAGAUGGCACACAUACCAAACUUUAUGACUUUAAAUAGUUAAAAUUUACCAAUCUGUGUAAUGCAACAAAAGAAACAGAACAAAUAGGUUUAUUUUAUGCUGUGCCAAUGUGAUUUGAAGGGAUAAGAUUUGAAAUUUUUAUGGCAUCAGUAUUGUGGAUUAACUAUAGUGCAAGUCACAAGAAGCUUUUAUUAAACACAAAAGAAAAUAGUUAUCCAUCUUCAGGAACCCAAAAUCUACAUCUAAGAAAUUCACAUGAGCUAGUCUUUCAUGAGGGGAGAGCCUCAAAAGUGGUGCAAGCUAUCAAGGAAAUUCAUACGUACUUAAAUAUGAAGGUUCUCGGUCCAAAGCAUCAACUGUUUAUUCCCAUUCAUAAAUGCUGCCUGACAACUGAGUUCCUCCAGCACAUUGUGUAUAUUGCUCUAUAUCUCCAGCACCUGCGGAACCUCUUGUGUCAUACUUAAAUGGAGUAUGUUUCAUUAGUACACUAGCUCAAGUUGGUUAAUGCAAAUUUCCCAUGUGAAGCCUACAUAAACUUUAGUCUGAACAGGGCAUUCAAAACCCCAUGCCAAGAGCAGUAUGAUAGCACCAUCACAGUUGACUCCCUCAUGAUUCUACUACCAGACAAGGUCUACAGUAGAUGGUAAAUAAACUAGCACAGGAAUAAAGCCAUUUGAAUUUGUCCUCACAAGUUUACUCUUUGCAAAUAUAUUUUUCUACAACAGUAGUGAUCCCUUUAUAAAAGGCAGCUGCCAUCAUGUCAUGUGAUUUUGUUUAGCGUACACAAUGUAAUGUAGCUAGUAUUGCCAGGUAGCUUCCCAUCAAAGUACUGAAUAGGCUUAAGUCUGCUUAACUGCAUACUCAAAGGGAGUGCAACAAACAUCUUGAUCCAUUGCUGUCCACUAUUAUGCUAAAUGUGAUAGAAUCAGAACAGAUCUGGCAACUCAAAAUUCAGCACCCAUGAGGUGCUUUUUGCCACCAACUACAGAAAAGUUCUGGAUUGUACCACAAUCUACAACCUUAUGGUCUAGCAUUUUCCUACCUCUGCCAAUACCACCAAGUAGGUGGAUCAACAGUGAUUUAAUGAAAACUGGCCUGCCAAGAGUGGCUUUAUGUUUUCCAAAAAAUGAGGUGACAAUCUAACAAAGCUAUAACAUAUGACCAUGUCCAUGCUAAGGGACAUGAGCAAUAUGCAAUAAAUAGAACUGAACAACUCCAGAGCCAACAGAUAUGAUCAAAGCUCCACAGUUCUGUCAUACUGAAAACUGCUGGAAUUCUUUGAAGAGGUUACAAGUCAGAUAGAUAACGAGGAUGCAGUGGAUGUUGUAUAUUUGGACUUUCAAAAAGCCUUUGACAAGAUGCCAGACAUGAGACUUCUUACCAAGUUAAGAGCCCAUGGUAUCAUAAGAAAGUUACUGGAUUGGUUAGAGCACUGGCUGAUUGGUAGGAGGCAGUGAGUGAGAAUAAAAGGAUCCUUUUCUAGUUGGCUGCCAAUGACUAUUGGUGUUCUGCAGGGGUCGGUGUUGGGACCACCUCUUUUUACGUUGUAUACCAAUGAUUUAGAUGGUUUUGUUGCCUAGUUUGCAGAUGAUACAAAGAUUUUUGGAGAGGCAGGUAGUGCUGAGGAAACAGGUAAACUGCAGAAGGAUUUAGACAGAUUUGGAGAAACAGCAGGAAAGUGGCAAAUAAAAUACAAUGUUGAAAAUGCAUGGUCAUGCACUUUGGUAGAAGAAAUAAAUGUGCAGACCAUUGUCUCAAUGAAGAGAAAUUCCAAAAAUCUGAGAUGCAAAGGGAUUUGGGAGUCCUUGUGCAAAACAACCUAAAGGUUAACUUGCAGGUAGAGUCAGUGGUGAGGAAGGCAAAUGCAAUGUUAACAUUCAUUUCAAGAAGUCUCAAAUACAAGAGCAGGGAUGUGAUGUCAAAGCUUUAUAAGGCACUGGUGAGGCCUCACCUUGAGCAUUGUGAACAGUUUGGGGCUCAUCAUCUAAGAAAAGAUGUCCUGGCAGUGGAGAGAGUUAAGAAGCGGUUCACAGGAAUGAUUUCAGGAAUGAAAGGGUUACCGUCUGAGGAACUUCUGGCACCUGUGGGUCUGUACUCACAAGAAACAAGAAACUUUUGAUGGCUCUGGGUCUGUAGUCGUGGAAUUUAGAGGAUGAAGGGGGAUCUCAUUGAAACCUUUUGAAUGUUGAAAAGCCUAGUCAUGGUAGAUGUGGAAAGGAUGUUUCCGAUGGUCUAGGACGAGAAGACACAGCCUCAGGAUAGAGGGGCAUCCAUUUAAAACAGAGAUGCAGAGAAACUUCUUUAGCCAGAGGGUGGUGAACGUGUGGAAUUUAUUACCACUGUUAGCUGUGGAGGCCUGGUCCUUGGGGGUAUUUAAAGCAGAGUUUGAUAGGUUCUUUACUGGACAUGGUAUCAAAUGUAAUAGGGAAAAGACGGGGGAGUGGGGCUGAGGAAGGCAUUCAAAAAAGGAUUAGCCAUGAUUGAAUGGUGGAGCAAACUCAAUGGGUAAAAUAGCCCAAUUCUGCUCCUAUGUCUUAUGGUCUUAUGGUCAUAUGAAUGCAGCAAUUAAACUGCAAAAUAGGGAAAGAGUGGCAGAGCUCAACAAAACUGUAGCAUAUUACACCAACUAGAAUCUAUUCGUGAGGUUAAAAGUGUGAAGCAGCAAGUGGAAACAUAGUAAGCCGUUGAUUAGCCACCCAUUCAACCAGUUUUCUUCGAUUAGCCGCCCAUCCACCCAGUUUUCUUUGAUUAGCCACCCAUUCAUCCAGUUUUCUUCGAUUAGCCGUUCACUCACCCAGUUUUCUUCGAGGAAGAUGGGUUGUGGAGAUGGUGCAAAAUUAAAUCCUAGCUUAGUACAGGCAUGUGAGAAUUAGAAAUGAAACUAGAUUUGAAAAAAUAUUAACUUAUGUUAAACCAUUGCCUCUUGGCACUCAGUUUAAUAAUAUUUUAUUCUUGCA